CGAUGACUGCCACCCGCGGCCGCUAUGAGGCCAGCGUGUCCGCGCUGGCAGACAGCAGCGACUCUGCAUCCUCUCAGUAUCUUUGCAGACAUCCACGGACCCUGACAUGACACCGUUGACCACGCCUGCGCCUGUGCCCGCUGCGGCGCAAGGUCCUGCAGCGGCCAUGGCCACGCAUGCAAGCUCUGCUAUCGGCGCCCUCAUCAACGUGGCGACCCGGAGACAACACACCGAACUCAACCGCUCACUGGUCCAACGUCUGCCACUUGCGCUUCCGCCGCAUCAGACAAACCCACUUCUGUUCGCCAAAGGCAUCGUGCCCUUCGCGAGCUUCUUCUUCCUCUUCGAGACGGAGUGGGAUCUCCUUGUACGACAGCUGCAGCAACGCGCCUCCGAAGACGCGACCCACGACCAUGAUCUGCACGUAUGGCUCGCGAAUCUUCGGCCGCGGGGUUUGGCCAGAUCCAGUCGUUUCAACCAUGACCUGAAACACCUACGCGCCGUUGCUGGGCCAAACAUCUACAGCACACCUGAUCUGGACGAGGAGUGGACUGCUCAAAUGCGUACACGUAUUCGCAGCAAGCCACACAUCUUGAUCGCUUUUGCAUGGGUCUUUUAUAUGGCCACCUUCGCAGGCGGGCGAUGGAUACGCCAGCAACUAGCCACGAGUGGGCGUGAAUUUUGGCUGACAGGAUCAACGAUAUGCCAAGUCGCAGGUAGUGAUAAACCUUCACUCGAAGUGCCGGGCUUUUCCUUUCUCUCAUUCGACGGCGACCAAGAUGGCGAAGACAUCAAGACCUUGUUCAAGGCAAGCCUGAUCCGCGGAGAGUCCAUCUUGACGCCAGACCAGCAGCAAGACAUUCUCGACACAGCACAGCAACUCUUCGAACUAUGCAACAGCUUGGUCGGCCAACUUGAUCAGAUGGUGGCGCGUGAACGCAUGCUAGGCUGGGUCGCGUCAAUCAUCUUCGUGCUGCUUGUCUUCAUAGUAUUCCUGGCAUGGCGCACUUCAUAUUUUCCUCAUCAUUCCUAACGGUCCUAGCGGCAUAUUUUGAUAUCGACAGUAGCAUAGGGGCAAGCGGCGAGGGAGGCGUUCCUUGGCUAUAGAGUAGAGCUUUGCUUUUCACAGCGAGCUUUGGAUGGGAUAGAUGUGUUCAUGUACAGCAUGUAGGGUUUGGGUAGCAUUUGCAUCAACAAUGGAUGAUUCAAGUGGUCACUGUUAGAAGCACGAAGCCGGCCAGGCCAAUAAGGCGAACAACAUGCAAGCAAUACAGGCAAUUCAACAUUUCUCAUUCACGACCAAAACACGAUGGAGCUGAAAGUCGGGGGCUGAAUCCAGACUGGU